CGUGACGUCACCAGCCCCUUCCUGGAUGGGAAGGCAAAGCGCCGCGCGGUCUUUCUCAAACUCGUUUAGGCGUUCAGCUCCCAGAAUCCCUUGUCGUUGGCAGAGGCAGCUGAGGCUGCUGGGAGUUGGAGUCCGAAUUGAGGUUUUGGGCGAGGACUGCCACAGCCCCUUCCUGGCCGAGCAUGAGCCGGGAGUGUGAUGCCGCAGAUCCCUGUGACCUUUGAGGACGUGACCGUCCACUUCACCCUGGAGGAGUGGGACUCCCUCCUGGAGUGGCAGCAGGCGCUCUACCUGGAAGUCAUGGAGGCCAACUUUGAGCUGGUGGCAUCGCUGGUGCAAGCAGGAUCCGUGCCCCACACGCCAGAGCUUAUCGGCAAAACGGAGCAGGGGGACGAGCCAUGGGCCCCAGGCCCCCAAAUUCCAGGGUCAGAGGAGGACCAAGGGAACCCUGGAUCCGGGCAUGGCGGAGGUGCCCAGGAGGUGAGGGUCAAGGAGGAGCCGGGGCUCAUCUGGGACCUGCCCUCCUCCUCUUCCUCCUGGGGGUCCCUGGGGUGUUCUCCCCUCCCGCUCGCCUUGUGCCCCAGCUGGUGCCAAGUGAAGCUGACGGACGUGAGGAGCCUUUCGCCAGAGGCUCUCUUGGAAGCCACCGAGGGCUCCAACCAUCAGGCGCAGCUGCUGAUCUGCAGAGAGUGCGGGAAGAGCUGUGCGGAUGAGGAGUCCCUCAGAUGGCACCAGUGGAUGGUCCAUGAGGUGAGAAAGGAGGAAGAAGACGAGGAGGAGGAAGAGGAGGAGGAGAAUGAGGAGGGGGCAAAGGAGGUGGUGGACAGGAAGGGGCCUUUCGCCUGCACUUCCUGUGGCAAGGUCUUUGUCCACCGCCGCAACCUCCUGGCCCACAAGAAGCACCGGAGCAAGCGCCGCCAUGACUGCGUCCAGUGCGGGGCCCACUUCUGCCUCCGGGGGGACCUCCUGCGCCACCGGGGGGACCACGCGGGAGAGGGGCCUCACCCCUGCGGCACCUGCAGCCUGGUCUUCCAGCACAAGAGGCACCUGGACGCGCACAAGGCAGAGGAGCACUCCGCCGCCGAGUCGGAGCCGCAGAGGCAGGACCCAAGGUCUGAGGACGGCGGCGGGGAGGAGGGCGACCGGCCCUUCGACUGCCCCACCUGCGGGGAGCGCUUCAGCUGGAGGGAGAGCCUCCAGAUCCACCAGAGCACGCACAGGCCGGAGCAGGCCUUCCAGUGCGCGCUCUGCGGAAGGAGCUUCAGCCGCCGGAGAAACCUCCUGGCCCACCAGCGCAUUCACACCGGGGAUCGGCCCUUUGCCUGCCUCGACUGCGGGCGCCGCUUCGUCACUAACUCAGGGCUCGCUGGACACGCCAGGCUCCACCGUCGGCAGCAGCCCUUCCUGUGCCGGCACUGCGGGCGCCGCUUCCGCCACCGGGAGAAGCUUCUUGAGCACCAGGCCGCCCACGUGGCACAGGCCGUCGAGGAGGAGCCCGAGACCUAGGGCAAACCCUGCUCUUCCGUUGGGGUGCCGGGCCACACUUGGACCCCACCUGAAUGCCAAAACCGGUGGUUUGCCCUCUGGCUCUCUUUCAGGUGUCCCAGGCUGGCACAGGAAUCAUAGAAUCGUAGAUUCAUACAGUCAGAAGAGGCCUUAAGGCAGGCAUGGGCAAACUUCAGCCCUCCAGGUGUUUUGGACUACAACUCCCACAAUUCCUAACAGUCGGUAGGCUGUUAGGAAUUGUGGGAGUUGGAGUCCUUAUUUAUUUAUUUAUUUCCAACAUUUAUAUCCCGCCCUUCUCACCCGAAGGGACUCAGGGCGGCGUACAAAAUUGGCAACAAUUCGAUGCCUAUACAUAAUUAAAACAGCUAUAAAAAUCCAAUAAAACAAUUAAAACAAUAUAAAAAAUAUAAAAACAUAUGAUUAAAAUCCAUUCCUCCAAAAUCCUCGUGCUGUAGCCGUAAAUCAGUCUGGGUCGUCAUUAUCGUUUAAUCUUCAAAUGCCUGGGCACAUAGCCAUGUUUUCAGGGCUUUUCUAAAACUCAAAAGGGUUGGGGCUUGCCGUAUUUCUCUGGGGAGGGUGUUCCACAGCCGGGGAGCCACCACCGAGAAGGCCCUGUCCCUCGUCCCCACCAGCCGUGCCUGUGAGGCAGGCGGGACCGAGAGCAGGGCCUCUCCAGAUGACCUUAGGGAUCUUCCUGGCUCAUAGGAGGAGAUACGUUCGGACAAGUAGAUUGGGCCAGAACCGUUUAGGGCUUUAUAGGUCAAAACCAGCACUUUGAAUUGGGCUCGGUAGCAUAUCGGCAGCCAGUGGAGCUGGCUAAGUAGGGAGGUAGUACGCUCCCUAUAAGCUGCCCCAGUUAUUAAUCUGGCUGCCGCCCGUUGUACUAAUUGGAGCUUCCGGGCCGUCUUCAAAGGCAACCCCACGUAGAGAGCGUUGCAGUAGUCCAAACGGGAUGUAACCAGAGCGUGGACCACCGUGGCCAAGUCAGACCUCCCAAGGAACGGGCGCAGCUGGCGCACAAGUCUUAGUUGUGCAAAGGCUCCCCUGGCCACCGCCGAGACCUGGGGCUCCAGGCUCAGCGAUGAGUCCAGGAUCACCCCCAGACUGCGAACCUGUGUCUUCAGGGGGAGUGCGACCCCGUCCAACACAGGCUGUAACCCUAUUCCCUGUUCAGCCUUGCGACUGACCAGGAGGACCUCUGUCUUGUCUGGAUUCAGUUUCAAUUUGUUCGCCCUCAUCCAGUCCGACACAGAGGCCAGACACCGGUUCAGGACCUGAACAGCCUCCUUAGUGACAGGUGGGAAGGAGUGACAGAGCUGACAUCAUCUGCGUACAGAUGACACCGAACCCCGAAACUCCUGAUGAUCUCUCCCAGCGGCUUCAUGUAUAUGUUGAACAACAUGGGGGACAGUACUGAACCCUGCGGGACCCCACAAGUCAAUGGUUAUGGGGCCGAGCAGGUGUCCCCCAAUGACACCAUCUGGGAACGCCCCUCCAGGAAGGACCGGAGCCACUGCAAAACAGUACCUCCGAGACCCAUCCCGGCAAGGCGCCCCAGAAGGAUACCGUGAUCGACGGUAUCGAAGGCCGCUGAUAGGUCCAGCAGAACCAGCAGGGACACACUCCCCCUGUCCAGUUCCCGGCGUAGAUCAUCGACUAAGGCGACCAAGGCUGUCUCGGUACCAUGCCCCGGCCUGAAACCAGACUGCGCCGGAUCUAGAAAAUCAGUGUCAACCAAGAAUGCCUGGAGUUGAGCGGCCACCACACGUUCCAUGACCUUGCCCAAAAAGGGGAGAUUGGAAAUAGGCCGAUAGCUAUCCAAUUGAGUGGGGUCCAGUGAUGGCUUCUUCAACAGCGGUUUGAUCACAGCCAAUUUAAGGCUCGCUGGAAAUAUGCCUUCCCAAAGGGAGGCAUUCACCACCACCUUCACCCACUCGGCCAAUCCCCCUCUGGCUUCUCUCACUAGCCAGGAUGGGCAGGGGUCUAGGAUGCAUGUGGUAGCCCUCACCUCUCCAAGCACCUUGUCCACGUCCUCAGGCUGAGCCAAUUGAAACGAAUCCAUCAAAAUAGGACAAGCAGGUGCUCUUGCUACAUCCUCGGAGACUGCCGUUAAUAUGGUGUCAAAGCCAGAACGGAUCAAAGCGACUUUGUCCGCAAAGAACUGAGCAAAUGCUUCACAGCGGGCUGCCGAGUUGUCAGGGAUCCCGUCUUGAGGGACGGGAUAUAACAAACCUUUGACAACUCGGGACAGCUCCGCCGGACGGUUCUUUGCAGACGCAAUAUUAGCUGCAAAGAAAAUGUUCUUUGCAGCAUCUAUUGCCGCGGCAUAUGCCCUAAGAUAGGAACACAGCCGUGUUCGGUUUGGCUCGCUCGGCUCCGAACGCCACACACCCUCUAGUCCCCUCUUCUUUCGCUUCAUCGCUGCCAACUCCUCGGUGAACCAAGGAGAUGGUUUAGCUCGGGUACUUGAGAGGGGACGUUCCGGAGCGACCGUGUCUAUUGCCCUAGCCGCCUCCUUGUUCCAGAGGGCGACCAGAGCAUCGACAGGGUCACCAGCCGAGGUGGCGGGAAAUUCCCCAAGAGCCAUCAGGAAUCCAUCCGGAUCCAUAAGCCUCCUGGGGCGGACCAUUUUGGGUCCUCCACCCCUGCGGAGGUUGGGGGGCGCAGUGAUUCUAAACCUGAUCAGGUGAUGGUCGGUCCAUGGCAAAGGAGCGAUGGUGAGCUCCUCCACACCGCCACCUUCCUCCCAUCCCUGGCAGAAAACCAAGUCAAGUGUGUGCCCUGCUCUGUGGGUAGGGCCAGAUACUAAUUGGGACAGCCCCAUGGUUGCCAUGGCGGCCAUGAAGUCCUGAGCCACACCGGAGGGAGUGGCCUCGGCAUGGACAUUGAAGUCCCCCAGCACAAUGAGCCGUUGGGACUCCAAAGCCAGGCCCGAGACCACCCCAGCUAGCUCAGGCAGGGAGACUGUAGUGCAGCGGGGUGGUCGGUACACUAACAGAAUCCCUAAACUGUCCCGGCUCCCUACCCUCAGAUGAGCACACUCAAACAAGAUAGACUGCGGGAUGGGGCACCUGGUCAGGGGGAUGGACUCCUUAUAGACCACUGCAACCCCUCCUCCCCUCCCUCCAGAUCUUGGUUGGUGCUGCAUGGUAUAUCCUGGUGGACAAAGCUGGGUGAGGUUAACUCCCCCAGCCUCGUCCAACCAGGUCUCCGUUAUGCACGCCAGGUCUGCCCGCUCAUCCAGGAUGAGGUCCUGGAUGAUUGCAGCUUUACCGUUGACAGACCUGGCGUUCAGCAGCACCACCUUCAGAUUGGAGGGUCCGCCAACCUGGGCACCCAACUUUACUAUGUCAGGAGGCCGUUUUAGAUCUACAAGCACUCUAUUUCUCACCCUAGGCCGAAUUAAGUUAUGCCUCCCUUUCCCAUAUCUCCCCCUCCCCUGGAUAACUUCGAUGGGGGCCCCCCAGCUGCUAAAUGCACACCUCUCCCUACAUGGUCUACCAUAGUUGUAGACUCACUUUCACACGUGAGGAUCAUAUUACCGCUGCUUCCUACUCCUACCUCCUUUGAGGGUUAUACUGAUGUUCUGAUUGGAAGCAGUAGUAUACUCAGCGUAGGAGUUAAGAUGUUAAUUUCUUUACCCCAACCCUAUAAGAGUGCUCCAGUGCUUCAGUGUUGUUUAUAUUGUUAUCUAUGGAUGGUAAUUGCACUGGCCCAAUGGCCUCUAACCACUGCUCUCCCUUCCCACCCUCCUAUUUGUGUCCCUGACCCUUAAUUAAUACUCUAGCUACUAACACACCUUGAUCACUACAGAUGUUGACUGUGGUUGUAACGACCUAAGUGCCAAAGUGCUAUAGUGCUUAAUUCAAGUCCAAAGAAGGGUCCAGCAAUAGGUAUUUGAUGUUAUCAUAAUAAAUAUUGGUGUAAUAUAGGUGGUAAGCGGUUUAGUUCAUAAAGUGCAGUGCAGCAGUUCAGUUCUACUGGAAAGUGCUUAUUGGUGCCCCUUCUACACUUAAAAGUGCAGUAAUGACGACAACACUGUCCCCACAAAGUGUUUGACGAACAUCUGGUUUUUAAAGUGCUCAGCAGGCAGCAGCUCAAUAGGACAGAAGCUAUACAAGGUUCUUUCCCCUGUAGCCAAAGGUUGGAUGGUCCCUUAAGUAAGCUCCACUGCCCUCUUCCUCCAAGGUGUUUCUGGAGUUUGGCAAGUUCUUUCCCCUCCGCUCUUAUCCACACACUGGCGUGGAGUGGGGGGGGGAGGCUGCAGAGCUGUAGCCAGAGGCUGGAUGGUCCCUUAAGUAAGCUCCACUGCCCUCUUCCUCCAAGGUGUUUCUCGAGUUUGGCAAGUUCUUUCCCCUCCGCUCUUAUCCACACACUGGCGUGGAGUGGGGGGGGGGGGGGGAGGCUGCAGAGCUGUAGCCAGAGGCUGGAUGGUCCCUCAAGUAAGCUCCACUGCCCUCUUCCUCCAAGGUGGAGGGCCAAAGUUUGCCCACGCCUACCUUGGUGGAUGUUGAUUUCCCACGCAGACCAUAUUCGUCUGAGGACAUUCAGAGCAUUAGGAUUUCCCCAUCCCACUUUUUGAAGAUGGGGACCACAUCUGAUAUGAAAUGAAACUUUAUUUAUAGCCGAAGGGAGGUUUGCCUUAUUUUACUGCUUGGACUUCCUCUUGUUAUCCAGGAUUUUUCAAAAAGAGGAUGGCCACGGGUUCUGACAUGACUUCUGCUACUUCAUUUUUUUACCGUAAGUUUUGAUUGAGCAUUUUCUCUUUUUUUUUCUCGCACAAAAAGGAAAGAAAAAUAAAAAAGAGGACAAGGG